CGCGGGGCGGAGUCUGUGGUGGCUGCGCUGUGGCUGCAAAUGCAGCUUCUUCAGGCUGAGGUGGCAGAAGGUAGGCAGCGGUGGAGGCGGAGGCCAAGUCGGAGACGAAGGAUAAUGAUGAAUGGACCUUGGCACAUCGGCAGUCGUGAGCGGGUUCUUAAGUUAGGCGAGAGUUUUGAGAAGCAGCCUCUCUGCGCCUUCCACACUGUGCGCUAUGACUUCAAACCUGCUUCUGUUGACACUUCUUGUGAAGGAGAGCUUGAGGUCGGCAAAGGUGAACAGGUGACAAUAACUCUGCCAAAUAUAGAAGGAUCAACUCCACCAGUAACUGUUUUCAAAGGUUCAAAGAAACCUUACUUAAAAGAAUGCAUUUUGAUUAUUAACCAUGAUACUGGAGAAUGUCGACUAGAAAAACUCAGCAGCAACAUCACUGUAAAAAAAACAAGAGUUGAAGGAAACAGUAAAUUUCAGUCUCGUGUAGAGCAACAGCAACAACAAGCACGGAAUUUAACUAGGACUCCCAGUCUUGUAAAACAUUCUCCAUCUGAAGACAAGAUGUCCCCAAGCUCUCCGAUGGAUGAUAUUGAAAGAGAACUGAAGGCAGAAGCUAGUCUAAUGGACCAGAUGAGUAGUUGUGAUAGUUCAUCAGAUUCUAAAAGUUCAUCAUCUUCAAGCAGUGAGGAUAGUUCCAGUGACUCAGAAAAUGAAGAUUACAGAUGCCCUCCUUCUGAUCCUGGGAAUUAUAUCUCAGGACAUCCUACUAUGUCUGCCAUGCCACAGUGCGAGAUUCCUGAGAUAGAUGCUGGUCAUAAUAGAUAUAACAACAGUGGCCUUCUGAUGAAUACUUUAAAAAAUGAUUUGCAGCUGAGUGACUCAGGAAGUGACAGUGAUGACUGAAGAAAUAUUCAACUAUAAAUAUAAAAUUCACAAGAUGUGAUUAUUUUAUAUUAAGAAUAAAAAUUUCUAAGACUGAGGAAAAUAUAUCUUAACUUUAAAUGAUAAAAUAAAUUAAAUUUGAUUCAGAAUUUUCAGUUGAUGUUACAUUUUUUUACCUUUUAUGAGUAUCAGUAUUUUAUUUCAUCUUAAUACUUUUAUGAAGUUUUACAGAUGAGAAAACUGACUCAGAGGUUAGUAACUUGCCCGCAUGUUGUUAGUUAACAAGUGAUAGAUCAGGUGUUUUAGAGUUCAAUGCUCUGUUUACCCCAUUGCUCUCUCCAAUUGUGAAAUGUCAAAACUAUUGAUUUAUAAUAAAUGUCUGUGGUUUUAAUUAUA